CCUCGCUGCAAGCCUCACCCCAAAUUCUUCGCCAUUCGAACUUUGCGCGAUUCGAUCUUCUACAUACUAACAGGUAAGCCGAUGGGACAGAGCAUGUCCCGAACGGACAGCAAUGGCGUCACCUCGCACCAUCGCGAGGAGGGCGAGGUGAGUCCAGCAUAUGCCUCAGGGAUGGGACAUAACGGAAUCUGGACUGAACCGCCAACUGCCGGCGCAAGACCAGACAACGGUCACCACAUUGGUCAGUCUGUUCACGAUAGCUCUGGCAGUGAUUGCCGUGAACUACCAGCGCCCAGUGUCUAUCCUGGAAGGGCAUCUUGGAGACUGUAUCGGCAGGAUAGCCCCGCGACCGUAGCACCCACGCCUGCCCAAGGUGCCUUUGACUUCAACAAUACGACCCAGCCCUUACCAUGGGCUGAGAGGCAGCGUGAUGACGAUCUCCAUGUAAUGUUCCCGUUGGUUUGGUAAUACAGCCGCUGAGAGCCUUUAGGUCCGCUCAUUUUCCCACUGCAACGACGCUGAACUCGACGCAUACCUCGCUGAACGCUCGAUCUCCCAAGACUUUCUUCGGGAGAUUGAUCUAUUUCUUCGAGGUCACCCAGAGAUCGCGUCAUGCGCUCAAGGUCGUAGCACCCUCCGUCAACUGAGUACGCUUCCGCCGCUUGAAGCAUACAAAUACUUCCUGAGAGGCUAUACCCGACCAGCUAGGUAGGUUGAGAUCCAAGUGCUACAUGGUCGACAACUGGAUAUGGGG